AAUAAAUACAUAACAAAUCCGCUGUUGGAAACUGCCCACUGGAAAACCAAAACCAUGGCCCCUGGUAUUCAUCCAAAUCAACUCUAUCUUAAUAACCUUUUCCGACCAAACUACAAAGAAUCAUCAUCAUCAUCUUUAUUAUCUUUUCACCCCAUUAAAACCCUCUCAAUCACACUGUCAUCUUCACCAAAAAUCAUCACACCAAAGUACCAUUUCAUCUUCUUCUGUUCUGUUCCACUUUUCCUGUCUUGUCCCCAUCUUUUUCUGUUUCUUUAACAUCAAGAUCCAAACUUUUUUACCCCCUUUGGGUAUUCACACACAAUUGUUUUCAAAAGUUGUGUUUUUUGAUCAUACCCAGUUUGGUUUUUUUGGAUAAAUGGGGAUGGAGAAAGUGUCAGGUGAAAGGAAGAAGAGGAGGGUGAGACAGAAGAAGAAGAAACUUUCAGUAGUUCAGAAGCUUUAUGAUAUAUGUAGAGAGGUGUUUGCUGAUUGUGGUCCUGGGGUUGUUCCUUCUGUUGAGGGUAUUGAAAGGCUAAAACAUAUUUUAAACGGAAUAACCGCACCAGAUGUCGGUGUAUCGCCUAAUAUGCCCUAUUUCAAGGUUAAAGAAACCUCAACAUUUCCUAAAAUCACAUACCUACACCUUUCUCAUUGUGACAAAUUUUCGAUUGGGAUUUUUCUUUUGCCUCCGUCGGGUGUCCUGCCGCUCCAUAACCACCCUCAGAUGACGGUUUUUAGUAAGCUUCUGUUUGGAACCAUGCAUAUCAAAGCAUAUGAUUGGGUGGAUGACGGUGCUACAGUUUCUACUCCUGAAGCUGAUUUAUCAAAGGGUGAAGUGACCCCUGUUAGCGUACGCUUGGCAAAGCUCAAAGUCAACUCCGCCUUCACCGCCCCAUGCAACACAUCAAUUCUUUACCCGACAGAUGGCGGUAACAUGCAUUGCUUUACCGCCAUCACAUCCUGUGCCGUUCUUGAUGUUCUUGGCCCGCCAUACUGCGAUCCCGAAGGCCGACAUUGCCAAUACUAUCGCACUCAUCCUUUCACUUGUUUCUCAGUUGACGAUAAAAAGUUGCCCGAUGGUGAGAAGAUCGAAGACCAUGCAUGGCUUGAAGAGAUAGAUAAGCCCGCAAGCUUAUCGGUGGUUGCAGCUAUGUACAACGGUCCAAAAAUAGUCGAGAAAUGAGAAAUGAUCUGAUCUUUCGUGUUAGAAUUUCUGCACAAAAAAAAAAAAAAAAAACUUGUCUUUUUUUUUCUUUCGUUUUUCAGAUUUGUCGGGUAAAGAUGGGUUUGCAUCGGAUCUUCGGUUAGUUUGAAGAUCUUGUACAUAAUUUGAUCAUAACCAUCGAAAAGGAUACAUAACUUCUGGAGCUAGAACGACCAAAUUAAGGUACAAAGAUCAUCGUACUUUCUUGAUUUGGUCGUUCUGGGGCGUCAGAAAAAAGUAUUCACCAUAAACGGGGAUAGAAACGGAAAUUAUGGUACUUUCUUGAAUUGUUUUGAGACAAACAUGUUGGUUUCUAUAAAUGGGUUUAGUUUUAUAUUUCA